AGGCAUAUUUUAGAUCAUAGACUUAUCAUUCCAAAAUGCUCAAUGAUAGUGCUAAUAUCCAUGUCUCCGUUGAGAAGUCCUUCAGAAUACAGCAAGAUGAUGGAUUCUUCUCAAGACUAAUGGCAAAGGAGACUUCUAUGGCCAACACUUCUUCAAGGGUCUACUAUGGAGGGACUUCAAUUGCUGUUCCUUUCAUGUGGGAGGCACAACCAGGCACACCAAAGCACCCUUCUUCUGAGACCUCUCUUCCACCCCUCACACCCCCACCUUCUUAUUAUUCCAAUUCUAAGUCCAAUAACAAGAGAAGAAACUCCAAGGUUAAUAAUAUAUUUUCGUGUGUUUUGCCAAGGUUUUCAGGCUCAAGAAAGGGUCAUCAUGUGUCGCCAACAUCAUCUCGGUCGUCGUCGUCGUCAUCAACCACAUCAUCAUCAUCAUGGUCAUUAGUAUACCCAGCAGACUCAUAUUCCUUGAAAGACAAAGAUCAAGGGAAUCUCUCCUCUCUCACACACUCAACAACCCAUCGUUCUUUUCUGAAACCUAAAGCUUCAAAUGGAUUUAGAGGAUGCUAUCCUUUUGGAAACAUAAAGAAUGCAAUUGUAAGACAUGGAGCUGUCUAA